CUGACCUAGGAGCCGAUUCAACCGAGUUAACUCAAAUAUGUGACGACUCGAUAUGUGAGUAACCGAAUCUUCGCGUCUCCUGAAUCUGAAUUUAUUUCUUGCCUCAUCUCUCCACAUCUAUAUGUAAAUAUAUAUCUAGACGAGUCUCUUUCUCUCUGCUGUUCAUUAGCGUGUUUAUCUGGGCGAUGUUAGAGCCUAAAAGAGAGAAGAAAUCUUGAAAAAAAAAAAAAAUUUAAAAAGAGAACCCGAAAAGGAAAUGGAGCUAAGCUUGGAUUUGAGCUUGGUUUAUGUCCCAAAAACAAUCAGUGAGUAUCUUAAAGAGGUAUCGAAGGUUAAAGAUGCUAGCUUGAGAUUAUCAAAGCUUGAUGAUUUUGUGAAGAGAUUAGAAGAUGAAAUGAGAAAGAUCGAUGCUUUUAAACGUGAGCUCCCUCUUUGCAUGCUUCUCUUGAACGAUGCUAUUGUUAAGUUAAAGGAGGAGGCAAUGCAGUGCAAGAGAUCAAAGGAUCCUGUACCAGUAAAGGGUAAUUCAGGAAAAGAUGAUAUAAGUGAUAAGAAGAAUUGGAUGAGCUCUGUUCAGCUUUGGAAUUCUAACGAUAUUGACUUUAAUUCCAAAAAACAAGACUCAAUAUCAGAAAUCAGACAGAAAAGUGAAGAAGAAGAUGAUCGGUCCACUUGUGAGAACCCAAUUCAGUUGUGCAAUAGCAGAAGCAAAAGAGGGGCUUUUGUGCCAUUCAAGGCAAUUUCUGGGUUUGAAGGGACUGAAAGGAAGGAGGAGAAGGAGGUCAUGUCUCAAGUUACUGGACUCUCUCUUAUGACUCCAGUACCUGAAUUGGGCACUUGCAACUUGAUGUCAAAAAGCAAUAAUGUAACUAAUCAAAUGAAGAUACAGAGUAAACCUCAUCAACAGCAGCAGCCUUACAAGAAACAGAGGCGGUGCUGGUCACCGGAGCUUCACCGCAGAUUUGUUGAUGCCCUUCAACAACUUGGUGGAUCUCAAGUGGCCACUCCUAAACAAAUAAGAGAACUCAUGCAAGUGGAUGGCCUAACAAAUGAUGAAGUUAAGAGUCAUUUGCAGAAAUACCGGCUUCACAUCCGUAAACUUCCAGCUUCUUCUGCUGCACAAGCAAAUGCUUUAUGGUUGGCUAAAUGUGAGGACUCAUCAAAACCAAAUAUAUCAGAGUCUGCCAAAGAUAUUUCUAGCACUGGAGAUGAUAGCAUGGAUGUUGUUGAUGAUAAUGAUGAUAAUAAAUCAGAGAGCCAUAGUUGGAACGAUACAAAUAUACGUGGGAAAUCAGAUUGUAAAGAAUAAUGAAGUUGACAAACAUAGGAUUUUAAGUUUGGAGUUUAGUUUAUGUUUUUUUUUUUCUCGAACUAAGAGCUAAUGUUAUAUAUACAUCAGAGAGGAGGACAUAGGGAUUUUGCCGAUACUACUGAUGCGGAUUUAAUUUUCUGAUCUCCAGCUUGAGUUCUGUCUCUUCCUGUAUCUGUUAUUUGUUGUUCAUUUGCAGUUUAUGUAAUGCAUAUUGAUGGGUUGGUACUUGACAUACUCUGAUUAUAUAUAGAUAGUUAUUUGAUAAUGUUGCUUA